UUCUAGAGCCCGGAAGCCUUAAAAGGCGAAAAUGUGUUGUGGACCGGGACAUGGAUAACUCUGGAACACCUCUUGACGCUCGCAUGUUUCCAGUGACGCACAUCAAAGUCAGCAACUCGCCGCGAACAUCGCCAACUAAUUCCUGCUCGCCACCAGCAUCAGUAGUACCACCGCCGAUCUCGCCAGCUGUGUCCGUAAGCGCCAACUCUAGCGGUGGAACCAGCACGUAUGGCAUGCAUCAGAACCCGAAGACUCUUGGCAUCCCGUGCGUAGCAGCAGCUUCUCGCAUGAACGCUCCGGUGCACAUUGAUGUGGGUGGUACAAUUUAUACAAGUUCCUUAGAGACGCUUACAAAGUAUUCCGAGUCCCGACUUGCCAAAUUAUUCAGUGGCGGCAUACCCAUUGUGCUGGAUUCAUUGAAACAACACUAUUUCAUCGACAGAGACGGCGAAACUUUUAAACAUAUUUUGAAUUUUAUGCGAAAUUCGAAAUUGCUUAUUCCCGACAAUUAUGGUGAGCUGGAAUUACUGCUGGAGGAAGCGAGAUAUUUUGAUAUUGUUCCUAUGGUCAAACAAAUUGAACGCCUAAAACGGGAUCGCAACAAAAACGGUUACAACAACAACUAUUCUCCGCAAUCAGACACCAAAACAUCAUGUGUCCUCUCCAAUUCACAUCGAAGUAAUUCCUGUGAUACUUUUGAAGUGGUCGCCCUCCAUGUUUCACCUGAUCUGGGCGAAAGGAUUCUCUUUUCAGCCGACCGCUCGAUCCUCGAAGAACUUUUUCCCGAAACAUCGCAAGCAGCUUUGGAUGCUCGUUCAAAUGCGUCAUGGAACCAACACGAAGGCACUCAAGUGAUUCGAUUUCCACUCAAUGGUUUUUGCAAACUGAAUUCGAUACAGGUAUUGACGCGCUUAAUGAACGCAGGUUUCUUGAUAAAAGCCAGUACAGGAGGCGGUGUGGAAAGUCAACAGUUUUCGGAAUAUCUCCUCGUCAGACGAAAUGCAGGAGAUAAUUGAGCUUCUUUUGUGUUUAAAUAAAGUUAAAAAUUAAAUUGAGAAUAAUGCAAUAAAAUCCUAAGGAUUUAAACAGAUAAGAAAGAAACUCGUGAAUUAAUGAAAAGAAAAUUAAUGUUUUUAUUAAUGGAAAAUAAAUGUGGAAAA